UGUUUUUCUCCUGAGUAGGCUCUUCCUGUUUUCGAGCUCUCUGGGAAACUAUGAAAUUCUACUCAGACCCCAUAAAGGCUGGCUUGGGCAGUGUGUCCAUUUUCCUGCAAAAAUACCUCGACAGACAUCCCUGCAGGUACCUUGAGCCUGGGGGUGAUCUCUUGGGGGAGUGCCUGGGUGACUGAGCUGAACUGAGCUGAGCUGAGCUGAGCUGAGCUGAGCUGCCCAAAGCAGUGGCCGUACGACAGUCCAGGACACACCAGCCUGGGGAUUGACAAAUCCCUGUGGGAAAUGGACUUGCAUUAAAGCUGCAGGAGAGGUUCCUUUGAAUUCAAAGCCAUCACCUCCAGGCAUCACUGAAAGGAAACUCUCCCAGGGAUUACUGGCAAGUGGAUUUUCUGAGCUACCACGCCAACAUGGGCUCAGCUAUCUCCUGGUGUUGGUGGAUCCCUUUUUUGGGGUACGCAGAAGAGCAAAGGUGCCUGCAACCUGUGGAGAAAGAGAUAAAGGGCACUCCUGUGAGGGAUUUUGGCAAAUUUUGUAACACUGAUGGAGCAGUGUCUGCCGAAAGUGAAAGCUGAGGCUGAGAUCAUCUGGGAUACAGGGGCAUUCAGUGAAAACCCCACUGAGAAAACUCAUAUUUAGGACUCUCCAGGACCAUAAAAGGAUUUCAAGAAAGAGGCGGAGCCAUGCAAAUUAUUGCUAGGACCAGGAGAGAUCCACUGUGAGUCUGAGCUGAUAAAGGAUUCCGGCUUUCUGAUACCUCCAAUUCCAUCAGGGAGUUCACUCCGGCUGAUUUUGGUAUCGGGGCUGGGGGGACCCCUGAGGACUCUUGAAGGGGACACAGGACUGAGGGAUUUGGAUUGGGGACGUGGGGCGACACUUGGGGAUUCACAGGCUUAGGAUUGGGUGUCCCACCCUGGUCCCUGUGGCCUCUCCACUCCAUGGCCCCCCUGGCACAGACCCUGGCACUGCUGGCAAUGACCGUGGCCACCACAGCUGUGGAGAUGGUGACCCUGGACAUGGCCCAGGACUCCUUCGAUGACCAGUACCGGGGCUGUGGCCCUGCCAUGACCGCGGCAUUGCCGGCCCUCAACGGCUCCGAGUUCCAGCAGAACCCUCUCUUUGCCCAGGCCUGGGUGAAGGCCAGAGCCAAGUGGCAGAGUCGGGGGUCCCCUGUGUCCCCUCUGUCAUCCCCAGCCCAGGCCAUCGCCCUCAUGGCCUACACGAUGGAUGACGUGUACAGAGAGUUCAACGCGGCCGUGCGCACGGCUGGGUCCUCCAGCCAGGAAUACCGGGACAACUUCCACUUCAAAACGCUGCAUUUCCUGCUGACCCAGGCACUGGUGACGUUGAGGGACACUCAGGGACCUCAGUGUCACAACGUGUACUGGGGGGUGCACGGGGUCAGGUUCAAGGCAGAGCACGGUGACAUCGUCCGGUUCGGUCAAUUCACGUCGGCGUCACAGAGUGAAACAACUGCCAAGGACUUUGGGAAUGACACGGUGUUCCAUGUGCACACGUGCCGUGGGGUGGGAAUCCGGGAAUUCUCCAACUAUCCUGGCGAGAAGGAGGUGCUGAUCUCACCCUUUGAGACCUUUGAGGUCACAAAAGUCAGCCAGGAAGGAGACAGGGUGAGGAUCCAGCUCUUCUCCACCGGGAUCUUCAGCAACUACAACUGCGAGUGGCUGCAAAGUGACGCUACAGGUGGCAGCGUCCCCAGGGCCCCCUUCCACGUCGGAGGACUCCUCCUGGCCACCACAGCCUUGGCAGUGGCCACCGGCAUCCUCUGAGCUACGAGACCACCACAGCCUCCAAGGUCAUUGUCAUCACUGUGGCAACCAUGGCCACCAUGGCACCAAGGUCACUGUCAUCACUGUGGCAACCAUGGCCACCAUGGCACCAAGGUCACUGUCAUCACUGUGGCCACCACGAUCACCAUGGCACCAAGGUCACUGUCAUCACUGUGGCCACCACGAUCACCAUGACCACCAUGACCCCCUGAGAAACGAGGCCACCAAGGCUACGAAGACCACCACUGCCAUUAUGGCCACCUUAGCAGCUAUUGCCACCAUGAGGUCACUGUGGCCGCCACAGCCACUCUGGCCACCAAAUUUUGUUUUUGGGGGGUUGUCUUUUGCAUCUAAUCCUUCUCCUUAUUAAGGGUUGUAGCGGCUGUUGCAGGGUGCGGUUGAUUAGUGUGUUUGAGGUUUUCUUUUGUAUCUUUGGUGCUUGUUAUAAUUUAUUUAGGGGGAAUGUUGUUAGUGUUUGUUUAUUCGGUGCUGUUGGCGGCGGAUCCUUAUCGUGAAGCUUGGGCUAGUUGGGGGGUUGUUGGUUAUGGUUUUGGGAUAGGUUUGGUUGUUGUGGUGUCGCCUGCUAUGGGGCCUGUGAGUGGAUGCGGGGACGGUGAAUAAUGGGGGUCUGUUGUCGCUUCAGUUGGAUUUUAGUGGGGUGGCUAUGCUUUAUUCAGAGGAGGUGGGGUUGCUUUUAGUUGGGGGUGAGGGUUGUUGUUGACGUUGUUUGUGGUGCUGGAGCUUUUCCAGGGGUUAUCUCUAGGGGCAAUUCAGGCUGUUUGUGGGGCGAAGGGUCAGGAAGAAGUUUAGCUUAAAAUGCCAACUUUGGGAGUUGGAGAUGAAGGUUUGAGUCCUUUCUUCCUGAAGUAAUGGGGUAACAGUAGGGAAACUCGAAGAAGGGGUUUAGUCUUCAAUCUUUGGCUUACAAGACCAAUGUUUUUAUAAAUUAGAAGAGUUAAUUAGAGUUGGAGUAGUUUGAUUUCUAUGGCGGCCACAAGGGGGAAUGAAACUAGAAUGAUUGUGAAGCAGGUGAGUGAGGCUAGUUGGCCGAUAAUGGUGAAGGGGUGUUCUGCUGGUUGUUCUGCCCACUCAGGUUAGGAUGAGGACAUUGGCAACUAGGGCUCAGAACAGGAUUUGUGAUAGAGGGCGGAAAGUUAUUGAAUGUAGUUUUGAUGUGUGUGGGAGCAUCCCCAGGGCUUCCUUCCAACUUGGAGGACACAGCCCUGGCAGUGGCAACCAGCAUCCUCUGAGCCACAAGACCACCACAGCCUCCAAGGUCACUGUGGUCACUCUGGCAACCAUGGCUACCAUGAUCACUAAGGACACUGUCGUCACUGUGGCCACCCCGAUCACCAAAACCCCCACAAUCCCUAAAGAAACAAGGCCACCAAGGCUACCAAGGCCACCACAGCCACUAUGGCCACCUUGGCAGCAAUUGCCACCAUGAGGUCACUGUGGCCACCACUGUCACUGUGGCACUACGGCCACCACAGCCACUCUGGCCACUAUGAUCAAAAUCACCACCAAGGCCGCUGUGACCACCGUGAUCACCUAGAAUCCUUCAGCCACAAGGCUACCACUGCCACCAUGGCUACCAAUAUCAUUUUGCAAAGCAAUUCUAAUAAAAUAUUCUAUCAAAACAAUUCCAUUAAAGAAAUCUGACAAAGCCAGGAAAAAGUGACAAUUCCUAAGCAGGGCUCGAUGUCACUCCCCACACCAAAACUCAUGGGAAUGUCU